AUCAUGGUCGCUGAUGCUGGGGUCUGGCUCUCUUGCUUCUGCUCUGGCUCUCCGAUGCACAUUCGCCUCCGUCGUCAUGGGGGGAGGAUGUUGGUCUGGUGCGACCAGACGAGGAUGGCCGAUCGCCACCCAAAUCCCUCGCUCGCUUCUCCCCGAUCUGCCUCGAUCCCGCCUAUCUGCAAAGGGCAUUGUCCGGACGGCUCGAUUGCGACGGCCCAGCAAAUAAAACCCAUGUCUUCAUCCUACUCCGAGGACGAGCGAAUCCUGCUGCUCGAGGGCUUUCUGCAAGAUCUGACCCAGAUCUUUGCGGACCAGCCCCAAGAGUCCUCCGUCGAAGAUGUGCUCGAGCUUAUUCUGGCCCAGCUCAGGACGGUCGUCUGCCUCGCUCGUUCCAAACAUGACAUGGAUAUCCUGUGCAGCGAGAUCCUGGCCUUUAAAAUGUUUGAUGACGAGCCGUUGGCCGUGCUGCGAUAUCUGGAGCAGCACCUGGAGGAGAACGGAUCGAGUGAGGAGGCCUUGAUCCUGUAUUCGCUCCUCUAUCAUUUGGGGCACAUCUGGCCCAAUGCCUACCGAAAGCUCUCUGAAGAGGGAUAUCUGAUCAAGCUCGCUGAUGCCGUGCAGACACGAGACUACAUUCUGAUUCAUGUAUGCGUUAGUUUGAUGCUGGAGAUCUGCAGGAUCGAGGAGCUGUCGAUAUCGGAUCUCGGCCAGUUCAGCACAAGAUUCCUCGACGCACUGUUCGACGAGAUCGAGGAAACGGGCUACGACCACCUGGAGGAAUGCAACCAUGCCAUGAUCAAGCUUCUGCUCGCUGUCAACGGACAGUUCCUGCGAAUCAAUGCUGCACGAGAGGUCGUCCCGAAUCCGAUUCUGUCGUUACUCAAGGCCAGGCUGGAGAGAUGUCAGCUCUUUUCUCAGAACGUCAUCUUCGUCUUUAAUCGCAGCGAUGAGGCUGGGCUGCAGAUCGACUGCAUUGGCUUCAUGGCCCAGAUAUUCUCGUGCAAGGAGCUAGGGAGCUUUUUCUAUACCAACGACAUCAAGGUGAUUGUGGAUAUUCUUCUCCGCGAAAUCGUCGACUUUCCCGAAGAAUCGGACCUGAUCCGCCUGGAGUACAUGAAGGUGCUGGCCAUGAUCCUGCGUUGCGACAUUUACGGCAGCGACCUCAACCGAUACAAAUGCCGCGACAUCCAUCGCACGCUCGUCGGGAUCAAGAACGACCCUCUCUCCAAGACUGAGGUGAACCGGCUCGCCGAGAAGAUCCUGGGCGACUGCGCGGAUGCUCUGGUGUUCUGAUGCAUGAAGGAUCGCCGUGAUGCUGGCGCCUGAUGAACGGGGCCUGCGUGUGGAUUCAGCCCAUCUGUAGCGAAGCGGGCACCCUGGCAUGGGUCCGGCAUGUCGCUUUAUUCUGGGUCCUGAAUUCAUAGUGCAACAUGAUCACUGUGUGCAGGCCGACUGCAGAAA